CAUUUUUCCCAUUGGCAAUCUCUCUCUCCCUCUCUCUCUCUCUCUCCCUCUCUUUGUCUCUGUACAAUAUAUAUAUACACACACACAGCACCAAAUCUCAUCGUCCAACGAGCAAAACCCCUCUAAUCUCCCCCAAUAUUCUUGAACUCUCCAAUACAAUCCUUCGUGGAUUCGCCUCCAGAACGCACCGUUUGGAUCCGGGGACUCUUCGAUCUAUAUUCAGAAUUAAAUCGGUUCUUUUAUUUUUUUAAAAAUAAAUUGCGCAUUUCCGCAAUCCGAUUCGAUUGAAUUCUUCUGGUUUCGAUCGGAUUCGGUCGGGAAAUUGGUGGUGUUUGAAGGACAGGAAUGGAUGCAUUGGUGAACGAAUUUACGACCAGAGCCUGAGGAAAGGAAAUGCCAGGAAUAGCGCACAGGAAUGACCAAUUUUGCAAUGGUUCAACGGCGUCGUAUACGCUCUCGGCCAACGGGUUUUGGUCCAAGCAUGCCGACGAUGUUAGCUACAACCAGCUCCAGAAGUUCUGGAGUGAGUUGUCGCUGCAAGCUCGGCAGGAGCUUCUGAGGAUUGACAAGCAAACCCUUUUUGAGCAAGCUCGUAAGAAUAUGUACUGCUCUAGAUGCAAUGGAUUACUGCUCGAAGGUUUUUUGCAGAUUGUCAUGUAUGGAAAGUCUUUGCAGCAGGAGGGUGCAGGUGGGCACCUUCCCUGCAACAGACAAGGGGCCUCAAAAAAUCAAAACGGUGGUGGUUUGAGUAUUGCUAAUGGUUGCCAAGAUGAAAUUCAAGAUCCAUCUGUCCAUCCUUGGGGAGGUCUUACCACGACACGUGAUGGGUCAUUGACACUUAUGGACUGCUAUUUGUAUUCAAAGACCCUUAAGGGUCUCCAAAAUGUCUUUGACAGUGCCCGUGCGAGAGAACGGGAACGCGAGUUGCUUUAUCCUGAUGCCUGUGGUGGGAGUGGUCGGGGUUGGAUAAGCCAAGGAAUUGCAAGUUAUGGCAGAGGACAUGGAACGAGGGAAACAUGUGCACUUCACACUGCCAGGCUUUCUUGUGACACUUUGGUGGAUUUCUGGUCAGCACUUGGAGAAGAAACCCGGCAGUCUCUUCUAAGGAUGAAGGAAGAGGAUUUUAUUGAGAGGCUUAUGUACAGGUUCGAUAGCAAGAGAUUUUGCAGAGAUUGCAGAAGGAAUGUCAUUCGUGAGUUCAAGGAGCUGAAGGAGCUGAAGCGCUUGCGGAGAGAACCUCGCUGCACUAGUUGUUUUUGUGUUGCAGAUACAGCCUUUCAAUAUGAGGUAUCCGAUGACACAAUUGAAGCUGAUUGGCAUCAAACUUUUGCAGACACUAUAGGAACAUAUCAUCACUUUGAGUGGGCAGUUGGAACAGGGGAAGGAAAAUCCGAUAUUCUGGAUUUUGAAAAUGUUGGACUGGAUGGAAAUGUUCAAGUCAGUAGCCUAGAUCUUGGUGGUUUAAGUGCAUGCUUUAUCACCCUAAAAGCUUGGAAGUUAGAUGGCCGCUGCACUGAGCUUUCUGUAAAAGCUCAUGCAUUAAAGGGUCAACAAUGUGUGCAUUGCAGACUCGUUGUUGGGGAUGGUUUUGUAACCAUCACAAGAGGGGAAAGUAUCAGAAGGUUUUUUGAGCAUGCUGAAGAGGCUGAGGAAGAAGAGGAUGAUGAUUCCAUGGACAAGGAUGGAAAUGAGCUGGAUGGAGAAUGCUCCCGUCCCCAAAAACAUGCGAAGAGUCCUGAACUUGCCCGAGAGUUUCUUCUAGACGCCGCAACUGUUAUUUUUAAGGAACAGGUUGAAAAGGCUUUCAGAGAAGGAACAGCACGCCAAAAUGCACACAGUAUCUUUGUCUGCCUUGCGCUAAAACUGCUGGAAGAUCGUGUUCAUGUUGCAUGCAAAGAAAUCAUUACAUUAGAAAAGCAGAUGAAACUUCUUGAAGAAGAAGAAAAGGAAAAGCGUGAAGAAGAAGAACGCAAAGAGAGGAGAAGAACAAAAGAAAGAGAGAAAAAGCUCCGAAGAAAAGAAAGAUUAAAAGAGAAAGAAAAGGAUAAAGAACAAAAAUGCUCUGAAUCAAAUCAAACUCCUGUUCGUCCUGACGCCUCAAAGGAAGACUCAUCACGAAGUGUUGAUGAGGUGCCAAAUAAUCAUGUCAGCUGUCAGGAUUCAGUUAGCGAAGGUGAUAACAUUCUAUUCAGGCCUGGAUGUCCUGAUAUUCAAGAGGAGUUUUCAAAUGGGUAUGUUAGUUCAAGAAUGCAAGACCAUUCAUAUGAUAGUCCUGAUGGGGAUGUUACCUAUGUGAAAGAUUGGAGUGGUUCUUUUACAGUUGAGCAUUCAAAUUUUUCUCGUCGGAGACUAAAAUUUCGGAAAGAAGUUCAACUGGAUCCAUCUUUGAAGUGGUCUGACAGACGCCGAUAUGCAGCUGCAGAAUGUGGGGCUGUGGCUAAUAGAUCUGAGCCAAGAUAUUGUGGUGAUUAUUUUGAGAUUCCUUCUAGGGGUGUAAAUGGAUCCAGUAGGCAGUUAAGGAUGAAUGCUCCAAAGUCCAAUGGUCGACAUUGUGGCCCUAAGUUUAAUGAUAAGUUUUCCAGUAACAGGGUGAGUGACAGAUAUGACCUUCAUUCUUGCAGCUGUAACCAAAACAAUGAAUAUAGAGCAAGGGUUGACUCACAUGUUUCUACGAUCAGAGUAAGUCGGGAGACCAAAUCUGUGAGUAAGUCAGAAUCUGCAUUGGAUAUGUCCAAGCAAUUUUAUCGUGGUAACAAGUAUAAUCAAAUUGAAUAUUUGCGUGAUGGUUGUGGAAGACCCAAAAACAAAGUCAUCUCAGGGAACAAUCCUCCUGGCAAAGAAGUGCUCCAUUCCAAGAAAGUUUGGGAGCCCAUGGAAUCACAGAAAAAGUAUCCGCGAAGUAACUCAGACUCUGACAUUACCUUUACUUCAACUACUUUCAAGGUUGAAGGGGCAGAACCUGAUAAUAACCUUCUCAAGUCAUCUGGUGACAUGUGUUUUCAUGAAAAUGGUGGAGAUUCAGCUGAUAUUGAUCAGGAGGAUAAUAAUUCGAAGGAAUCAGGAAAUUCUAGCAAUGAAACUGAUGAGGCCUGCGAGAAUGGACUUAAUGUGCGGGCAAAGGGCCUUUGCAACUCAGCCAAUUCUGCUUCUGAAGAAAUUGGAUUGUGUCCUAUCAGUUUUGCAGUGAAUUCUGAUAAAUCUGCACCGAAUGGAACCUCAGAUCCUGUUGUGAGUAGCACAUUCAGUUCUGAUAACUUCUCAUCAUGCCUGAGUGAGGGUGACAGCAAUACAGCCUCUUCAAGCCAUGGAAAUCUGGAAUCCUCAUCCAUAACGGAUUCAGAAGAUGCCAGCCAGCAAUCAGAAGGAAGGGAGGUAAGUGCUCAAAAUGGCUUCUCAGAGUGUCAUGAAGUUAGGAUGGAGAAACAUCAAAAUUCAAAUGGCGGGGAGGUCAUGGGAUGCAGGGCAUCAAUUGGUCUUUCAUUGGACGGAGCAGGAAGUAAUACUCUGGAGAGACCACCAACAAGAAUUUCCCAAAAUUUUGAUAAUGGAUUGUCUGCAGUUGGCCUUGGUGUUCAACAUCAACGCAUGCUUCCUCCAAUGCAUAACCAAAACAUACACUUUCCAGUGUUUCAAGCUCCAACAACAAUGGGCUAUUACCAUCAAAACCCAGUUUCAUGGCCAGCAGCUCAUGGUAAUGGAUUAAUGCCCUUCUCCCAUCCCAACCACUAUCUAUAUGCCGGACCUCUCGGGUAUGGUGUAAACGGAAACUCACGCUUCUGCAUGCAGUAUGGUCAUCUUCAGCAUGUAGCUGCUCCUCUAUUUAACCCCACUCCAGUCCCAGUUUAUCAACCAAUUGCCAAAGCUAGUGGGAUCAAUGCUGAGGUGCAAACUCAGAUCACUAAGCCAGGUGCAGGACAAGAAGCUUCCAGUGAAGCUAAUACAGAAAAGGUGGUUUCCGCUGGACCCCAUCCAAAAGAAGCACCACGAAAUGAAGAAGUUGGGCAAAUUGAUAAUCCUGCCAAAUUGCACAUGGGAAACACUGGGUUUUCCUUGUUCCAGUGUGGUGGCCCCGUUGCCCUUUCAACUGGAUGUAAAUCAAAUGUCAUGCCUUGGAAAGAAGGGAUGAUUGGGGAUUUUUCUCAAGAAUAUCCAACAGAUCAUGUGGAGAGUGAUCAUGCUUCCAGCAAGAAAGAGAGCACUAUGGAAGAAUACAACUUAUUUGCAGCGAGUAACGGCAUAAAAUUUUCGUUCUUCUAAAUAUAUAGUAAUGAGGAGGUGCGAGGGGGCUGUUUGAGUAUUUCAGUCCCUAUCUUCAUGUUCGGUAUUCGAGAUUUGAGUACGCUGUAAUUCGGUACACAAUAAUCUUCAGAAAUUCCAAUUUUAGCUUAUAGUUUUCCUUA